GUUGUUUACGUCACAGCGACCCUCCCUUACGUCAUCAUGACGAUUCUGUUGGUGCGAGGCGUGCUGCUGCCUGGCGCUGGUGAUGGUAUCCGGUAUUUCAUCACACCCAACAUUGACCGACUGCGCAAGCCUAAGGUGUGGAUCGACGCUGCAGUUCAAAUCUUCUUCUCUGUUGGUUCAGGUUUCGGGACACACAUCGCCUACGCCAGCUACAAUAAAUUUCACAAUGACUGCAAAAGGGACUGCAUCAUCACCGUGAUCGUCAACUCCUUCACCAGCAUCUUCAGCGGGUUUGUCAUCUUCUCCUACCUCGGCUACAUGUCGCUGAAGACCAACAAGGAGAUUGACAAAGUGGCCACGGAAGGUCCAGGUCUGGUGUUCAUUGUCUACCCAGAAGCCAUUGCGACACUUCCAGGUUCCGUUGGAUGGGCCGUGAUUUUUUUCUUCAUGCUGUUAGCACUAGGACUGGACAGUGCGGUUA